UGAAAAAUAGACGGCCUUCGUAAUCCCAGCGGAAAGUCGGGGAGAAUAAAAAGUACUUCUAGGUCCAUUUUUGUAAAACACUGGUAAAAGCGAAACAGAUGGCUCAAAGAAUUCUAAUGCAACUGGAAGCUUUAGACAAGUAUUCACAUGAAAUUUUGGCAAAAUUUGCAGAGAAACGAUCUUUGGACUACAUACAUAUGUUAAAGUACAUGAAAACUCCAUUCCUGGAUGAUUUUGACCUUGAAUAUUGUAAAGCCACUUAUGAGAAAACAGGAGGAUGCAAACACUUAGAUAAUUCUCAUGGCUCAGUGAGAAAACCUGAGGCGAACUGGUCUAUUGCUUUAGAAAACUCGGAACACCACAAGUGUGGACAGAAAGAAAAUAUACAGCAAGCAGAGAGAAAUACUAAGAAAAUUAAAAAGUUAGAGCAUAAAUCCAGAAACAGGAGGCCUACAUGGAAAUCAGAGGCUGAGUGCUUUCCAGUCCUUGCUAGCUCAUGUCAGCAGGAAAAUAGUUUAUCAGUGAUAAAUAACAUUGGGUUGAAAGACAUAUUUCAGCAUCAUUCUUGUAGGUCUUUCAGAGCUGCAAAAGAACAUUCAGCUGCCCCUGAAAAUUCUGACCUCCUAGUACAAAAUAAAACACAAAAACAUGAUAAGAAAAGGGGAGAUAAAGCCAAACAACUAAACUCAGAAUUUAAAAAUGCCAGGAGACAUCUUAUUAUCAAAAGAAACAAUAUUUUGGAAUCAGAACAAGAUAAUAUUCAGAACACUCAAACUAUCACAAAUUCAAACACACUUACAAUGAAAGAAAAAGAAACUGUACCUUUGAGCCUAGAGGAUGCAAUGAAGAAACAGAAUGUUAAAAUAAUAACUGUUGGGCAAAGGAAUGAAGAAAAACAAGUUCAGAAUGCAAGUGAAACACAUCCUGUUAUUUAUAACAGUCAAGGAAGUACUUUCCGUAGUAAAUGGCCUUACCUGCACACGGAUUUUCAAGGAGACAGAAGCUACUUAUCAAGCUACUCAAACAAAGAGCAUAACCAGUGUGAUCUUAAAGAUGUGCAUUCCGUUUUAAGAAACAGUCUCGACUACACAAAGAAAUUAUUGGAAAACAAACCAAAUGUCUUACAGAGCACAACACUAAAGAAAAGAAGAAAAGAACUGAAAAGAGCUGAAGAAUUAAGUUUGGCAGAUAUAAAACUAAAUAUUAUAUUUUUAGCUAAUGACGGAUCAAAAACUAAUUUUGAGUUUGCAGAUGAUAAACCAGGACUUUUACAGAUGAUAAAGCAGGACAUUGAAACAUACACUGAAGAUUCGAAAGUGGCAAUGAGACCAACAUUAAAAACCAUUACUACUGACGUAAAGGAAAAUCCAAAUGAAGUUGGUCCGGUCAUUAACGGUGUGAAUCCUAGAAAAGGUGUGAAUAAAAAGCCAUCUUCAAAUGUAAGACUGCAGCCUGCUUCAAAACCAUUGACUGCAAUUGGUUCAAAGCCAGGAUCAUUUUCAUUGACUCAGAGACCCAAAAGUGUUGGAGAAAUGCAUAAAUGGUCCUAUAUAGCAAUCUCUAAACCAUUAACAUCUCCACAAAGUCAUCCCAGUUCUUCACCAAGCAAUUAUGCUCACUGUGUUGCUUUUUCAGAAGCUAUGCAUAAGUACACUGAUAGACCUGAUUUGGGGGGAAAGAUGGCACAUGUUAGCUCUCUAAAGUCUCUCACAGCAAGGCCUGUAAUGUUUGAAAGCAAAAAAUUAAGACCUUUUGCUGUGCCAUCAGAUACAUACUUUAAACAGCCAGACUCUGAAAUGAAGAGAUCAGCUAAAAUACUUUCUGUUGAAAUGGAAAUAAAGAAAAAUGAAAGUCCCCCUUUGAAUAAUGCUGAAGAUUUUACUAACACAAAAGGUGCAGAGCAUCCAUCAAAAGAUGGUGGCCCUACUGAAAAGGGGCCUGCUGAGAUCUUUACUUCUAGCACAGUCUACCCCAAUGCUUCUCCCGUUAUUAGCAUUCCAACAGCACAGACAGAUGCUAUUGGUUAGGUACAUUUUCUACUGCUUCUUCACUACAAGCAACAUUAAGCCAGAGGUGUUUUUGAGGGCCUUUAUUUUCGAAUCUUGUCUGAGAUAAAAGAUUUUCUGCACGUGGUGCAUUUUAUCACGGUAAAUUAAUAAAAAGCCAUGUGCGGUGUAAAGCAAAUAAAAUAGAAUACAUUUUCAUUGAAAAACAUUUCAAAAUAUUAAAUGUGUUUUGAAUAAAUAUGUACAGACAUCCA